AUACACGACAUUUAUCCAUCACUGAACUAAGAGCACCGAGUGCUUUGAGUUUGUAAAAAAAAGCUUAUCGAGUUGCAUGAUCAAUAAGCAUUAAAAUUUCUGUACGAUUUUUCCCCUUUUGAAGAAUGCCACGAUUUUUAAUCUUGUCAAACCCACGCUCUGGGUCAACCUUGUUGAAAGACCUGCUCAAUUGUCAUCCUGAAAUACACCUUGAGCCUGAACUGCUCAAUGAUGAGAUACAGAUCGACACGUUGCCAUUGGAAUUUCUUGAAAGCAAAUUAUCCAUUCGCGCAGCAACUUUUGUUGGUUUUAAAGUAUUUCCAGAGCAGAUUUUCCAACGUGGCCUCGACUUGCCUUCCAUCGUUCGUCAGAUAGGAAUCACCCGAAUCAUUGUCCUGUGGAGAGAAAAUAUCCUGGAGACUUUGGUAUCAAGAAGAAUAGCGGAAAAAACAGGAGUCUGGUAUGCUCCAAACAAUUCUGCAGUGGCGGAUGGACCCACCAUCCAGAAAAUAAUGAUAGAGCCCCAAGACUUGAUUGAAUACACGACUGAUGUAAUUCAGGACUGGAACACGAUUGUAGACCAGUGGCCACUGGGAAUUUCUCCAAUUUAUGUCAAGUUUGAGGACCUAAUUGCCAAUCCGAUGGAACAAGUCAAGCACAUUCUGUCAAACAUGGGCUGUCCCAGUGACAACUUCACGGCAAGAUCCUCAUCCAAACGGCAGAAUCCAAGUAAAUUGGCGGACAAGGUGGAAAAUUAUUACGACCUUCCACUCAAUUUCAGAGAAAGAAGUCUUAACGUGAGAGAAAUUUUCUCGUUGAAACAAUUUCAAGAAUCUGUGAUGGGUGGUCUGCCCAAGGAAAUCUUACCAUUCGCCCCAAACAGAGAACCCACCGUCCCAUCCGGCGGAUGGAAGUAUCGCGUUGCUGAACCUCUCAUCACAUACGCCGUGAAGCAGAACGUAUACGAUGCAAUUGAAUCGGGGAGCAUUUCUUCGGCUGGACAUUGGCCUCGAUUGUUGGCGAGCAAAUUGAAACAAUUCUUUCAACUUCCUGUGGCCCAGCCUUGUUGCAAUGGAUUCACUGCCUUGAUGCUUGCUCUGCAGUGUGCAAACUUGGAAGAGGGGGACGAGGUCAUCAUGCCCAGUUUAACGAUGGUAGCAGUUCCCAAUUCCGCACAUUUCGUCCGAGCUCGACCAAUAUUUGCAGAUUGCGCUAAGAAUAAUUACAACCCUGGAUGGGACGAAAUUUUGGCCGUGUCUGGAGAGAAGACUAGAGCAGUUAUUGUGACCCAUACUUACGGCGUGCCAUCCCCCGAUAUGGAAAAAAUUGCUGAAGAAUGUCGUCUUCGAGGGUGGUGGCUGAUUGAAGACAUUAGUGAAGCUUUUGGCGUGACCACCACGAUUCAGAACGGGUCAACAAAACUUCUCGGGACAUUUGGAAAUUUUGCCUGCGCCAGUUUAUACGUUAACAAAAUAAUUCAUGCUGGCGAUGGGGGUUUCAUUGUAGCUAAAGAUCCCACAUUUGCGAUACGACUGACGAGUCUGGUUAACCAUGGAUUUACGCCGUCCUAUCAUUUUGUCCAUUUUGAGCCUGCUCUAAACGCAAAAAUUAAUGGGGUUGGAGCCUCAAUCGCGUGUGGCUGCAUAGAUGAAAUUGAUCAAAUAAUCCAGCACCGACGCUUCGUAGCUCAAAAGUACCGAACCGCACUUGCCCCACUUCCUGUCAAGUUGAUGCCUUUCUGUGGUCCACACGAUACCCCUUGGGUUUUUGGCAUAGUGUGUGAAUCAAAGGAGGAGAGGACCAGCUUACGAGCUCAUUUAGCAAAUUACGGGAUUGAAACUCGAGAUUUCUUUUUUGCUCUGCAUUUACAACCAGCCUACUUUAAAAAAUAUGACGAAAUCCGAAUUCAGCCACGUCUCCCCUUGAGCGAAACUUUGGGCUCGACAGGAUUUUAUCUUCCAACUCACAGCAAUUUGACUGAAUCUGACCUCCAUCACAUCACGUCUUGUGUCAUUUCGUUCUUCCAUAAGCAAGACCAAAACACUCUCCAUGCUGAAAUUCCAUUGCUACAAAACAAGAAGAACAAGCAAUCCGUGCAGAUCCAGCCUGGGACUUUUCACGUGGAAAUACGAACUUUCAACGAUUCUGGUUCCUUAAAUCAGACAGAGCGCAGAAGCCACGCGUAUUUUGAUGCUGUCAAACUUGGGGUCAGUGCUGAAACAACCAUCAUACAGGAACGGUUCGACUCAAAAGUAGAGCUUGUCAACGACAUGAGAGACUGCAUUGACAAGGCCAAUCUGCUUGGGCUGGAAAUGGCUGAAAACAUGAAAACAUAUUUCAAACCAUAUCUGGAAUAUUUCGAAUCCCAGGUCAAUUUUGAACAAGACGCAGCGAAACCUUGGUUAUUGGAGGAUCCCAAAUUGUCGUCUGAUCCCGAAUUAGCCCUUCAGCUCAAUCUCAUCCCGACGACAUCCGAUCCUGAGACGCUGCAAUUAUUGCUUCAUCUUAUCAAGAAAACGCGUCCUGAGACAAUCUGGGAGAUUGGGUGCUGGAUGGGUCACACGACAUUUCUCAUGGCUGCGCUUUGUCAUUCCCUCUCAAUUCGAAACAAAAUAUUCGCAUGUGAUGCUUUUAAAUGGCAAAAGUGGAUGGAAAGGUUCUAUGAUGACCAACAACAAAUCCUUCCUGGGCACUCGUUUCUAAAGGAAUUCAAGAAUUUCUUAGCCAAAUUUUCCUCCUCCAUCCAACCGGUCGUAUGGCCCUAUGAUAUUCAAACUCUUCCAAUAGAACUCAAGAACCAGAGACCCGAUCUCAUCUAUUUGGACAUUACACAGGAAGAGGAGGACUUGGAUGUAAUUUGGGAACUUAUAAAGUCUAAUCUCAUCCCAAACAAGACCAUCAUUCUGUUUAACGGACUUUCCUACAAAUCCAUUCCCUUCUUUACCAAACAUGCGGACCACUUGGAAGGUAUUGCGAAGCCUAGCACAAUGGCUAAGGCAUUCUUAUUCAAAUCCCAAACUACGGAUACUCCGCGGGGGGUCAUCACGCCUAAGAAUUUGGUCAGAAAACUCAAUUUCCAAAGUGACCCGGGUUGGAGUCACCAUCAUAAAAACUUAUUUUGCUCCUCAAUUGCCAAACUCCGAGACAGAUUUCAUGAUCCAUCCGCCCCAAUCUUAUUCUUCCCUGCGGUCGAAGAAAAUUUAUGCAAUGAACCCGACCUAUUUAUGCACAACCCGUGGAUUGGGAUUGUCCACUCUGUGCCUUUGUAUCCACAGCAAUUUUAUACCCCGGAUUUGACCAGACUCUGCUCCCAGCGGUAUUUCCCCAUGAUGAAAAACUGCAAAGGAUUGUUCACUCUAACUCAACUCCAAGCUAAAUUCCUUCAACAGAACCUGGCAAAUGUGUACACAUUUCCGAUUCAGCCCUUGAAAUAUCCUGUCGAUCAAUUCCAAGAUUUGAGACCAUCCACAGUCCCAAACUCAAUUCAGAACGGUCAUGUGGUGGAUGUGGUGAUAGUUGGAAGUUUUUCCCGAGAUUUCCCAUUCUUUUUCGAAACUUCUCUUCCCGAAGGGUUCCAAAAAGUCAUGGUCGCUGGAGAUGAAGAAAUUACAAAAGCCUGUGCAUCUGCUCCGUCUCAUAUUAAAAUUCUCCCGAGACUUGACGAAAACGAGUAUGAGAACAUGUUGCUGGAAUCUGUGAUAUUUCUCUCUCUGAUUUAUGAUGGAGCGGCCAACACUAUUGUUCUGGAGUGUAUCGCUCGAAAUGUCCCUAUUGUUUGCCCAAACAUGGAGGCAUGCGUAGAAUAUCUGGGGUCAGAUUACCCGCUACUGUACGAUCCUAAAUACGCCGAUUUUGGGAAACUGCUAACCCUUCAAAAUAUUGAAGCAGCCAUUGACCAUUUAAAAAAGAUGGACAAACAUCAACUAACUCCUGCCCAAUUUGUGGACAAAUUCUCACGUGGCGUGGUCCUCCAAUCCCUCCCUCCUGUCGUAGAGUCUUCGACCGAGCUCGCCUUGAGUUCGAAAAAUAUCAUCAACUUUCCAACAUUUGACGUCACCAUUUGUAUUUGUUCCUAUAAACGAACGCAUCAUUUGACAAACAUUCUAAAAGCUCUUUGGGAAAAUCAAGAUUUCAAAGGACGACUGCAAAUUAUCGUUUGGAACAAUAACGAAGGUCGAACUGGAAUUGUGACAAGAAUUUGCAAUCCAUACGUCCAACAAUCCAACGAGUCCAAAUCAUUGGAGCUCAUUAAUUCCACCCAGAAUCAUUUCUGUUCCAUCCGUUUCGCGAUGCCUGCUUUGAUGAAGAGUAAUUCCCUUUUAAUCUGUGAUGACGAUGUUAUUCCUGGUCCAAAUUUUGUCAAUUUUUUCAUCUCUGCGCAUACGAAGCACCCUAGAGACGUCCUUUGUGUCCGUGGGCAUAUCUUCCUUCCUCACCAGUUGAACCUGGAUGAACCUCGAAGUGCUUGGGAGGACUAUGAGUCAGUGCGUUUCAGAGAUGACCACGCUCCAGAACAGUUGAUUCACUUUGUGCAUGCAGACGCUUGUUUUAUUCCGAAAGAGGCACUGAGGGAAGUCACUUCGGUUGAAAUGCCAGACCAAUCAUUCGCCUUGGUGGAUGAUUACUGGAUGAGUUUCAUCCUCAAUCACAAGUUCAACCGAAAACUUCGAAAACUUUGCACAGCUGGACUUCCGCAGAGUCCUAUCCACCGAACUCAAGAUUCAGACCAAAUCGGGCUUGCACUCCAUACACGACCAGAAGUUCGUGAAGCCAGACUUCAACUUUACAUCCAUCACAUGAUUCAAAAUUGGCCACAAUUCCCCCCAGAACCUGCAAUAAAUUUGCUUAGUCCAGAGGAAAUUCAACUCAUCAAACAUUGCAAGACCAAAUUUUGGGAUCAGACGCACACGGGAUUUAACGUAUCCAGCAAGUUGUUGGAAGCAGACGUCUGUUAUCUGGAAAAGUGGGGGGUCAAAAGCGUUCGAAUUGGAGCCGUCGGAAUUGGUCAGAAUAUUGGAUAUGACCAAUGUGAAUUUCUCACUGAGCCUGACAAACAAAUUGUAGCGUUGGAGGAAACAGUGAAACUAUUGGCAAGUCAUGGAAUUACAUCCGUCCUAACUGUGGACAGGAGGCUUGCAUCUGUCGAAACAUGGACCUUGAUAGCCUCCACCUUUGCACAAAAUCCAUCCGUUGUUGGAUAUGACCUGGUAAAUGAACCGUUCACUGAAUUGGAGAAUGAACUGCACUGGUCAAAUUUGCCCACACAACAAGAUUCUGGAGUUGAAGAAAUGGUUGCCACAUACAAAACACUAAUUCAAGGCAUCCGAAAAGUGGAUUCUGUGACCCCGAUCGUUAUUGAGCCAUCCUUCUGGGGUCGUUGCUACGCGUUGGAUAAGCUCCCAAUACAUGAGCUCAAGGCUUUGGACUCCAACCUUCUCGUAUCUUUCCAUUUCUAUGAACCAAUGAUUCUCACGCAGAGGUGCAGGAACAAAGGGCAGUUUAAGUUCCCAGGAAAAGUCCCAAUUUAUGAGAAUAGCUCCGGGUCAGAGGAAUUGUUAGUGGACGAGAAGUUCAUACGCAAUCGGUUUGAGGAGGUCAGGCAGUGGGGAGAAGACAAUGCUGUGAAAGUGGUUUUGGGCGAGUUUGGGAUUUGCAGGAACAUAAAAGGCGCUGAGGACUAUAUGGGGGCAGGACUAAAAAUGUGCAGAGAUGCUGGAAUUUCGGCCUACAUUUUUAGUUUCCGUGAUCACGAAUGGGAUGCUAUGAACUUUGAGUUGGGCCCGGAUCCCUGUAACUCAGAACCGAUUGAUAACAAUAUUAUGUCAGAAAUUGUCAAAUAUAUUGAAUAGCUUAUUAAAAAAUAUUGAUUUGAUGAGAACUAUUAAAUUCAAUUGAAUCUUGACAGUGA